CCGCCGUGAGAGACUGAGAUGGGGAUGUGAUACGGCCGAGGGUGAUUGCAUGUGCAGUUAUAAACCACCCUGGUUCCUUUGCUUGGAUACUCAGUUGAUGACAUUUACUUUCUAUCUAGAUCUUCAUAUACCCUAGCUGCAUACAAUUUGACUUGUUACACUAAAGCCAAGAGUUUUCAUCUGCAUCACCGACAUGAAUCAGUUUCAGCUGUUCCCGCCAUCCGACAGCACAGCGCCUAGCGUUUCACACUGGGCAAAGAGAAGACCCGCCAUUCGAACACAGACUGAUACAACACCCACCGAAGUAUCGCACGACAAGGGCAGCCCGACAGAAGCGGUGCUCUUCAAGCUGAUCGCAGACACCAACACGAUCAAGCCGCCUCCCAAAGCCAUCUCCAGGUCUCCAGUCUCUAUCCCAGAGACCAUUCAAGAACGAACAUCCAGGUCUCCCCUGUAUGAUCGAAAUGCGCGACAGCGUCAGGUAGAGAGAAUCGGCUCUCCAUCACAUUUGCGGAAUGAGGCCUCUCGCUCUUACUCACCAGCCAUGGCUCCGGAGGUGCCAUUGAAAUCAAGAGUCCCUCGAUAUAAUCUUGGUCUGCCAGUGAAUCAGCACUACUCGGAGCCUUCAUAUAGCCACCAGUAUCCUAGGCCGGAUAGGUCCCCGCCUGCUCCAGAGAUUGAUCAAGCGCUUGGGCCCAAGACCGUUCCUGCGAGUGUGAUGAACUUUCCCGCUGAUGUCCUCGACCCAGUGGAAUCGUAUUCCUCCCAGGAAGACUUGCAGAGUCUAUGGGAGGUUGCCAAUGGUCAACGCCCACAGAACCUACCAGGUACCUUUAACCUGCGAGUUGAACGCCUCGACCCUGAUACACUUGCAUUCGGAAACCCCCAAUCACCAUUCUACACCAUGACAACCUCCGGAAAAGACAUCUCCAUCACACGAAGAAACCCGUCCAAACUAGAGAGCAGCGUCCCUGUCAUGAACCUGAAAUUAGAAGCCCCAUCACGUCGCCAACCCCCUUACGAUGGACUUAUUUCCAUCCUGUUCCCCCGACUGGCCGCCAUUCUCGCCAUCGACCAAGCCACCGAGUUAGCGGACGAGCUCCGGCUCUCCCCCGCCGAGGCGGCCCAAGCGGAAGGGGACGCCCUCAAGCGCGCAGCAGCCCAAGAAUCCUGCAAGCUGCUCUGGAGCCAAUCGAAACAGGUGUACGAGCUUCACCACCCGGCGCUGAGCAAGCCUCCCGCGUUGGUUGGGGCCGCGGGCAUUCCUCUGUCGCCCGUGCGGUCAAAGUAUUCGGGCGUGCUGCACAUUAUGGGUUCUUGUUCCACGGAAGACGCUCCUAUCGUCCUCGUCACUACGCCUCUACCAGCCAAUGCCGACGACGCCAUGCCCGCGACGCCUCGCACGUCUACGCUGCCCUUGACUGACGCGGACGAACCCCUGGCGUCGUUGGAUCUGAGGAGCAUGACACUGUCCAUCGCUACUGUAGGUAUUGCAGCGAUUCCAUCGCUGUAUGCGGUUGAUUCAAUUGUCUCUGCCAUGUUGGCCGUGGCGGUGUCGGAUGAGACUAGUAAAGGUGUUCUCGAGAGGAUACCAGUGUACGAUGCCCGGUCAUCUACAGGUAACCCUAACGAGAUACUCACCUUAGCGGAACGUGAAGACGCCAAGGAGGGGAGCCAACGGUCGAUGAAAUCAUCCGACUCGACACAUCGCCAUGGGGGCGAGUCUAAGCCAAAGACUCGAAAGAUUGUGGUGGAGGAGUUCGACAUGGAUCAGUAUGGGCGCUACGGGGGGUCGCGGGAGGGAGAGCAGAUGCCGUGGGUUACGCGGGCAUGUUUGCGCGGGUUGUUUUGGAGUUUGGAGGUGGUGGUGAACGUGUUGACAGCGAUUGUCAAGGGAAUGGCUUGGCUGGUGGUGAGUCUGACUCGGUGUGUGACGAGGAGUUGAUAGUACCUAGGCGGAGAUAUUCUCCCGACAUUCUUGAUCUAUAUAUAAGGGCAGUAUGCGAUUGUUGCAUGAUUUGAUGACAAUGAGACAAUGACAGCGCAGCAUCUCACCACAAUUGAUAGAGUUCAUUCAGCCCGAUCAGUCUUUAUACGGACCGACCUAGAUCAUAUACGGUUCAGUUCACGAUCCUCCUUGUACCUGAAUCGGAUACAUUCUGACGUGACAACCCUGUUUACCAUUCCUAUCCCUACUUACAAUCUCCACGGCCACACAACAGAUCUACUCCUCCUAUCAAACAGGUCUACUACAUGCAAAUAUCAAAUCCCUACAUCAUCUAAGACACUUCUUAAAUAAAAGAGAAAGCACAAUAAGCCACCAUCAACCCAAGAUCUAC